AUGAGAAAGUUUACCCAAGAACAAGAAGAGGCGUCCGAGAAAGAAUCGGAACAAGCUGAAAGAAAACAGACCUACACAGAAUGGGCGAGGGACCAGAAGAAGGCCCUCCAAAAAUUCACACAAGAAAUCGCAACGACGUCGCAGACACCGUACGUGGAUGCUAGACUGACCAACAUGUGGGCGGCCCGGCACUCGUUAACGCGGCGGUGGAAGCGUCAGAGACACAACAGAAAGCUGGCCAAGCGCAUAGCAGUCUUGAACAAACAGAUCGCCGAGCACGCGGCCAAGCUUUGCAGGGAAAAUUGGCUGAAGACCUGCGACGGCCUGCAAGGCAAGCUCUCGGCACGGAAGACGUGGUGCCUCUUGAGGCAUCUGAUCGACCCGCUGAGUAGCAAAACUGCGACCAAUCGCAACCUUACCAAAGUAUUGAACAUGUACAAGGGAGACGGCCGCAGGCUCCUGGAAGACCUGAAGGCGAAGUACCUAAACACAGAGAAGGGCCAAUACCCGGCGCCCGAGAGGUACGAAGGGCCCGACAAUGAAGAGCUGGACCGGCCGUUUACCAUGACGGAACUGUGGACAGCGAUAGACGAAAGUAACAAGAGAAGUGCACCCGGCAGGGACACCAUAACUUACAAGCUACUCGGUAACAUGAGCGGUGCAGCGGCCCGCGGCCUCCUAGAGCACAUCAACGAAACCUGGGAGAGCUCGCGGUUGCCAAAGGAAUGGAAGGAAGCCGAGGUCCGCUUCAUUCCAAAGCCCGGCAAGGCCCUCACGAUAGACAACAUGCGGCCCAUCUCUCUCACGUCCUGCGCGGGAAAGGUGAUGGAGCGCAUGGUCCUUCGCCGGCUGCAGAAGCACCUCGAAGAAACGGAUCAGAUGCCGGAGACGAUGUACGGCUUCAGGCAACAUCUCAGCACCCAAGACGUGAUGAUCCAACUCCACGAGCUGGUCGUCAAGCAGGCAACGAGGCACGCACCGCGUGGGAUACUCGCCCUCGACCUGAAAGGAGCGUUUGACAAUGUGUCCCACGCGAGCGUGUUGCAUAAUUUGAAGAAGACCAGGUGUGGCCGCAAGACAUUCGGCUACAUAAAGGACUUUCUGUCAAACCGAACGGCUACCAUCAGGAUAGGGGAGGAGAAGUCGGACCAAGUCGAGCUAGGCGAUAGGGGCACUCCUCAGGGAUCGGUCUUGUCGCCCCUGCUCUUCAAUCUGGCCCUCCUGCCCCUGCCCGAUCUGCUCAAGCAAAUCGAAGGUGUGGACCACGCGUUCUACGCCGACGACAUCACUUUGUGGACGGCCCGAGCCGGGUCCGAUGCCUGGGUGGAGGAAGCCUUGCAGCGGGCGGCGACGACCGUACACGAGUACGCCAAGUCGUGUGGACUGAGCUGCGCUCCCCAGAAAUCGGAGCUACUCAUGAUUCAACCGGGAAAACCCAAGAAGGAGCCGCCGCCUAACGUGACUAUCACCAUCGACGGAAUGGCCAUCAAGCCAACACAGCAGAUUAGGAUUCUCGGCCUACUGCUUCAGAGCGACGGGAAGGCACAAGCCGCCGUCACAAAGCUCAAGGCGACAACCGAUCAGAUACUUGGUAUGAUUCGGAGGGUGUCUAACAGAAACCGAGGCCUGAAAGAGGACGAUGCUAUGCGCUUGGUACGCGCGUUCGUCGUGUCGCGGGUUACCUACUCCGCCCCGUAUCUCCAGCUGACGAAGGCGAAUAGGGACACCCUAAACACGAUGCUUCGCAAGGCAACGAAGCAAGCACUGGGCGUGCCAAUAUACUCGUCCACGCAAAGACUGCUAGACAUGGGCGCCCACAACACGGUGGAGGAGCUCAUCGAAGCCCACCUCUCUAAUCAAAGAAUCCGGCUCAGUCACACGGAGCACGGACGAGCCGUCCUACGCAAAAUAGGAUGGCAGAUGGAGCCAGUACCCAUCAAGGCGGCCCUUCCGGAAGACUGGAGGACGACCAUCCAAACCAAACCCCUUCCCCGGAACAUGACGCCGGGCAAGGACGACGAGAGGCGCACCGCACGGGCCAAAGCCAUGGCCCGGAAGCUGGAAGAGAACCCCAGGGUCCUGUACGCGGACGCCUCGCUCCGAAAACACAGUGACCGUGCGGCGGUGGUGGUUACAACCAAAGACAGGCUGAUCGUCAGCGCAUCCCUGAAGACAAUAGACCCCGCAGUUGCCGAGGAAGCGGCCGUGGCCCUCGCACUCGCACAGCCGAGCGUGGACACCGUGGUCACUGACUCGAAGACAGCCUACGGAAGCUUCCGCAGGGGGGUAAUCUCAUCCGCGGCCCGAGCCAUUCUAUCCAAGUGCAAGCCUCCGGGAAGAGCCGUAGAGCUCGUGUGGGUCCCGGCUCACUCGCAGGUAGCAGGCAACACCAUUGCCGACUAUCAUGCCCGAGAAAUGUCACUCCGGGCCGAGCAUGAGCCGGAAGAGCUACCGCACCCGGUUACCAGCUUUCGGGACAUUACCCGGAUGUACCGAGAGGAAAGGUGCAGACUGCCAGAGCCGCACCCCGAACUGAACAGGCAACAACAGACGAUACUGCGUCGAGCGCAGGCGGGAUCGCUUGUGCAUCCUGUACUGAUGAACCGCAUGUACCCUGCGGAACACGACACGCUCUGUCCGUUUUGCAAGAGCGAGAAUGGCACCCUGCCGCACAUCUUGACAGAACGACGAAGCCGGACCCCUUGCAAGCGUCGGAGGCUGGAAGACUUGCCCGACGAGAAGACCUUGGAGCCCAGUCCAGGGCCCAGCGGAUACAGGGGGGAACAAACUGAUCGGCCGAGGACGACGACACCUACCGUGUGCGAGCUGCACCUUUUCCCGACUGGCUGGACGUGGACGCGGCGGUCUUUGAGGAGCCGCUCCAAGAUCCGGAUCCCCUACACUUGCUCCCUGUACAAAGUGAGCGUGAAGGAGAUCCGGACAAGCCUGUCAUCGAAGCUGGCUCGCGGACAAGUUGGCUGCUGA